AUGGAUGGUGUCGGCAGCAACAGGAACAUGUCUUACAGUAGAUGGAGUUACAACAGUGUUCUGGAUGAUGAGGGGAGCAGCCUGCGUCAGCAGAAGCUUGACAGACAGCGAGCACUGCUAGAACAGAAGCAGAAGAAGAAGCGCCAGGAGCCGUUAAUGGUUCAGUCCAACGUGGACAGUCGCACAAGAACUCGCAGAACGAAGCAUUCAGAGGAACAAGCACCACUGGUUGAAUCCUAUCUUAACAGCAACAGCAGCACCAUAUAUCAUGCAGUGCAGGAGACCGAGCAGGAGGAUGUAAAGGUGGUAGUGGAUGCCCAAGCUCCGAAACCAGCUAAAAAAUCCAAGGCAGCAGCUGCGAGCUGCCAGAGUGGCAGCACCAGAAAGGAGAAAAAAGGGAAGCACAAAGGGAUUGAUGGCCCAGCUGCUUUUCAAGAUGAUGUUCAGAAGAUAGGAAGUCAAGUGCAGAUUCUUACUGUUGGACAGUCUAGCCAUGAUGAGAAUGAUGGAGAGAAGAUGGCUAGUGGCCAACAACAGCAAAGCAAACAAGACCUUAGAACAGCAAUGCAGAAAAAAGAUCCCCAUGCAAAUACAUCCUGGUCCUCUUCCACAUCCCAAUCCAGUCUUGUCGCCCUGGAUCAUGUUCCUGGUAUUUCAAGCAGCAUGAAUUUUGAUGAGGAAGAAGAUGAAGAGGAUGAAGACAGCUCCAGUUCUUCACAGUUAAACAGUAACACUCGACCUGGUUCUGCCACGAGCAAGAAAUCAAAUAAGGAAGCGGCCUCAGCCCCCAGUCCUUCCACAAAUGAGCCUCUCAUAGAUGUUGAUGAUCUGGAGGAAUUUGCCAUAAGACCUGCUCCACAGGGUGUCACUGUCAAAUGCAGAAUCACAAGAGACAAGAAGGGAAUGGACCGAGGGAUGUACCCUACUUAUUACCUCCACUUGGAAAGGGAGCAUGGUAAAAAGGUGUUUUUGUUAGCUGGAAGGAAACGAAAGAAGAGUAAAACCUCUAAUUACCUCAUCUCCAUAGACCCAACUGACCUGUCUCGAGGUGGAGAGAGUUUUAUUGGAAAACUGAGAUCAAAUCUUAUGGGAACUAAGUUUACAGUUUAUGACAAUGGAGUAAAUCCAGUGAAAACAACAUCAAGCCUGGAGGCGAGUAUCCUGCGUCAAGAGCUAGCUGCUAUUUGUUAUGAAACAAACGUCUUGGGGUUUAAAGGACCUCGUAAAAUGAGUGUGAUCAUACCAGGAAUGAAUAUGGACCAUGAAAGAGUUUCCAUCAGACCACGAAAUGAACAUGAGACACUUCUUGCAAGAUGGCAGAACAAAAAUACAGAGAGUGUGAUUGAGCUGCAUAACAAAACACCAGUCUGGAAUGAUGACACCCAGUCCUAUGUUUUAAAUUUCCAUGGGCGAGUCACACAGGCCUCAGUGAAAAACUUCCAAAUCAUUCAUGACAAUGAUCCUGACUAUAUAGUGAUGCAGUUUGGCCGCGUGGCUGAGGAUGUGUUCACCAUGGACUACAACUACCCAAUGUGCGCACUACAAGCCUUUGCUAUUGCCCUUUCCAGUUUUGACAGCAAGCUGGCUUGUGAGUAA